AUGGCUGAUAUUUUCCACCUUGACAACGACGUCUUCAGGUCGUACCUUGCAUGUGGCACUGUUAUUAUUGUGAAAAUGAUGGCCCUGUCGCUUUUUACCACAUACCGUCGGUUUAAGUACAAGGCGUUUUCCAAUCCAGAAGACACUAAAAGACCUGUUACGAAACAUGAAGAUGUAGAAAGAGUCAGAAGGCUCCAUAGAAACGACUUGGAAAACAUCCCAGUAUUUCUAGCAUUGGGUUGUAUGUACAUAGCAACGGAACCAGUACCCAGCACUGCAAUAUGGCAUUUCCGCGUUUUUGCAAUCUCUCGGAUUCUGCAUAGCAUAAGUUACCUGGCCGGAAUUCAGCCUUGGCGUGUUCUAGUCUAUUCAGUUGGAUUUUUAGUCAAUGCUUCCAUGGCUUACCAUAUCUUAUGUGCUGCACUUUAA